UGAGGGUACUCAACAGUACUACAGCUUGAACCUAAAAUGAUCAAGCAGUUUUGUUUUGCUAUAUAUAAGAAGGAGAUUUACAUGCUGCUUCGAUCUUAAUUCUCAACUUGUUCACAAGAUAUCCUCCUCAUGGAGACGAUGCUUUUCUCCCUCUCCAGCUCAUGUUGCGUUACUCUUAACUGCCAAAGACGCGUAGUUUUGCCACAGAAUAGAAGAAGAAGAAGAAGCAGCCAAGGACUUCCAAUGUUUCCCUCCAUGAUCGUCUCAAAGCUCCAUGGAUUACAACCAAAACCACGGAGAUCAGCGCAUUACCAUCCUAGCAUUUGGGACCCCAACCACAUUCAGUCCUUGAGUACUCCCUACACUUAUGAGCUCCACUCGACCCGAUUGGAGUGGUUGAAACAAAAUGCUAAGUGCUUGCUUACAUCCAAUAAUAAAGACCCCUGUGUCCUGCUAAAGCUUAUUGACACAGUGCAGCGGUUAGGAGUGGCUUACCACUUUGAAAAGGAGAUUGAAGUAGCUCUCAAUCUUUGUUACCCAGAUCUCACUACCAAUCUUUUCCAGACUGCUUUGCACUUUUGUAUUGCAAGAGAACACGGUUUUCCAGUUAACUCAGAUGUGUUUGAAAGAUUUCGAAGCAGAGAUGGAAAAUUAAUACAUGACGGUUUAAGCAGGGACAUGGAGGGACUUUUGGCUUUAUAUGAAGCCUCUCACCUAGGAAUGCAUGGAGAAAAUAUUUUGGAAGAGUUUAAGGAUUUUAGUACCAAAAGCCUGAUAUCGUUAAUGGAAAAACUGGAUAGUAAUUCUGCUAUACAAGUGAAAGAGUCACUGGAAAUACCCCUACAUUGGAGGAUGUCUAGAGUUGAAGCUCGUAACUUCAUUGAUGUGUAUCAGAAGAAUACUACAAAGAGCUUGACUUUGCUUGAGCUGGCUAUGUUGGAUUACAACUUAGUGCAAUCUGUAUAUCAGCAAGAAGUUAAGGAGUUAGCAAGGUGGUGGAGCGAGUUGGGUUUCAAAGAUAAGCUACCCUUUUCAAGGGACAGGUUGAUGGAGAAUUUUUUGUGGGCAAUGGGGAUUGUUUCUGAGCCACAGUUCUCAAAGUGCAGGAUAGGCCUCACCAAAUUUGUAUGCAUAUUAACAGCUAUUGAUGACAUGUACGAUGCAUAUGGAUCUCUGGAUGAGCUUGAAUGCUUUACUGAUGCUGUAAAUCGGUAGGAAAUGAAGGCAAUGGAGAAUCUUCCCGAGUACAUGAAGACUUGCUAUGCUGCCAUGCAUAACUUUGCAAAUGAAAUACUCUUUGAUGUCAUCAAAAGUCAUGGUUUGGAUCUUUCACCCCACAUUCGAGAAGCGUGGGCAAAUCUUUGCGGAUCAUAUUUAGUUGAAGCUGGGUGGUUUUCCCGUGGAUACACUCCAACUUUGGACGAGUACCUAGAAAAUGCAUGGAUUUCUGUUGGUGGUCCUUCAGCCAUUCUCCAUGCCUAUGUUCUGCUUGGGUGCAGUACCGUAACAAAAGAGUCACUUGAUUGUCUCAAGCAUGGCUGUGGGCUAAUAUAUUGGGCAUCUCUUAUAACUCGAUUAAGUGAUGAUUUAGGGACUUCAGAGGCUGAAAGUAAGAGAGGUGAUGUGGCAAAAUCCAUCCAGUGCUACAUGGUACAGGAAAGUGUAUCCAAAGAAGAAGCUCAAAAUCACAUAAGGAGCUUAAUCAGCUAUUCAUGGAAAAAAAUGAAUGAGGAGAGUGCCAAAAACUUCCUUCCAAAAUCGAUUGUAAAGAUGUCAUUGAACAUGGCACGCACUGCUCAUUUCAUCUUCCGAUAUGGAGAUGGUAUUGGAACGUCGAACGGCUUUAUGAAAGAUCAUUUAACCUCUUUGAUUGUCAAACCUAUCCCUUUUGAAUGAUGUAUGUAUGUAUGUAUGUAUGUAUGUAUGUAGUCGAGCUUGGUCAUUUAAUAAAAUGCGGAAGGUUGAACUCCAU